GCGUUCCAUAGGGUUCCCCAGCCUGCUGCACGACAUUGAACAGAAUCUGAACAUACAAGCGACAAUCAAGGCCUCUCCCAUUUCGCCCCAAAUGGGAUACCUCCAGGGAUGACUCUUGACGAACACACUGAACAUGCGCCCUUUUCUCCUCCCCCCUCACAACCUUCACCUGCCAUAAUGCCGACUGGUAGUACCUGGAUGAUGGAUGAAGCUACCCGUAACAAAUUCCUCAAGAACUACAAAACCCAGGUGGCCUCGGCGACUUCCACGAUCUGCGCGACUCUUGCUGUAACCCCUCUUGAAAAUGUGAAAACUCGCAUGCAGACCCACAACUUUAAGAAUGUGUUGCAGUGUGUCCGCUACUUGUGGCGGACUGAAGGUCCCCGUGGCUACGUUGCCGGGGCUCUGCCACCUCUAGCGAGUGUUACAGCUGUUCGGGUUGUAAAUUUUUCUACAUAUAACGCUGCCAAACAUCGUAUCUCCGAUUUCUUCGAGAGAAUGACUGGCCAGUCUCCCCUGGCUAUGUACAAUCAACCGGGCAGCACACCUACCGUCUCUACCUUUGUGACGUUUACCACUGCUGGGCUAAUUGCUGGACUCAUUACCUCUCCGCUUGCAUGCCCCUUUGAGCUUGCUAAGAACGUUGUUCAGACCUCAGUCUUGGUGUCAAACCGUGCCCAGGCCUCGCCGGACGCGGUCAAGGACCCCUCAUUGCGUAACAAGCCCCGUCUCGGCACUAUAGAGGCGAUUCGGCAGAUUGUCCAACGUUACGGAAUCCGUGGUCUGUAUACUGGCUUUCAUUUGCACGCUCUGCGUGACACUCUCGGAUCUGGCUUAUACUUCAGUGUCUACGAAACGGUAAAGCAAGUCGCUUCCAAAGAGCUUGGUCCAGACAAAUCCCCAUUCGGCGGUCCCAUGAUUGCCGGGGCGAUUUGCAGCACUGUUCCGUGGUUUUGUACCUACCCACUUGAUACUCGAAAGACUCGCGCCCAGAGCGUGUUGCUCGGAAAGUCCAGCGAAGUCGGGGAGGCGUCGGCCGCGGUUGCCAAGUCCACCGAUGUGCAGAUGGCCAUUGGCGUUGGGAUUGCCGGCGUGGACAACCUAGAUGACGGCCGCUAUCGACUGGUGGACAAGCUUGGGUAUGGAGGAUACUCGACUAUAUGGCUUGCCCGUGAUCUACGAAGAGCCAGAUAUGUGGCAGUGAAGGCUAUUACUGCUGAUACCAGUGCCUACACGCCUGAGGCAGGUCUUCUAUAUUCUCUUGGGAACUCGCCAUCUAGACCGGGAAAAGAAAUUAUUCCAUCUCUCAUCGACGAAUUCUGGGUCGUUGGUCCCAAUGGGAUGCAUAAAUGUAUUUUCACUCCGCCGGCACGGAUGAGCUUGUUCGAUGCUAGAGAGGCUUUGACUUUCGGGCUUUUUCGGCCUAAAGCCGCACAGGCAAUUAUCGCUCAGCUCAUUCGUGGGGUUGCAUUCCUUCACAGUGAGAAUAUUGUUCACCGUGACCUUCAUCUAGGCAAUAUCCUAGUCCAGUUUCCUGAUGCGAUCGACCGUCUUUCCACGUCAGAGCUAUAUAAGAUGUUCGGAAAGCCAGAGUCAGUGGCCGUUGUUCGUCGUGAUGGCAAGCCAUUGUCAAAUGGCGUACCCGCGCAUGUAUUCAUACCUGGUUGGUUUGGCGUUCGCAGCGAUGAUAUUGUCUUUGGAGAGGAGAAUAUCAUCUUAGCGACUUUGGAGAAUCUUUCAACCCACACAAAACACCUAGCGGCCAGAUUCUCUGACGAGCCGCUCUCCUUUGCCUCGGAUAUUUGGACACUUGCCUGUACCGUCUGGGAGAUUUUUGGCCAGCGGCCUUUGUUUGAGGCGUUUUGGCCAACUGCAGACCGUGUCACCGCAGAGCAAGUCAAAGUCCUUGGUAUCUUACCUCCCGAGUGGUGGGGGAAGUGGAGCAAAAGACUGGAAUGGUUCACCGAGGAGGGUGAAUUGAAGCCACAGACGUCUAGGAGCCUCGAUGGCAUGUGCAGGACCUGGGACCAGAGGUUUGGUUACUGUAUACAGCAGCCCCGGGCUGAGGCGGGUCUGGAGACAGUAACGGAGAAAGAGAAGAGGGCAUUUGAGGAUAUGCUUCGGCCAAUGCUGACCUUCCGGCCGAAGGAAAGAGCGACAGCUGAACAGGCAUUGCACUCAGAAUGGAUGAAAGGCUGGGGAGAGCCGGUCCUGGAAGAACUGGGGCCAACACACAACGUCAUCCGUCGCCCGGUGGGGUUGGGUUUUCAACAUCAACAAAUGUUGCCCGGCGACGAUCCCUCUCUCAUUGCGCUCUUGACUGUCGCCCAGCAUGGCAUCAUCCCCUUUCGACGCUCUCACACCGUUUCAUUGUCAGACGCGAUCACCCAGUAUAUCUCCACCAAGUAUGACCAGCGUCCAGAUAUGUUUGCAGAUGAUCUAUUGAUCAUAGAUCGCCUUCGGAAUGAAGCGAUUCACGUUCAGGAGCCGCAUGUUAGUGGGAUCAGUCGGUUGGUCACAUAUGCCGCGCAGUUGAAAUGGCUUGGUGGGAAGUUCCCGGUCGAUAUUGGAGUCGAGUUUCCAUGGUACCCUGCGUUAGGGUUCAAUACCUCAAGACCGAUCUCGCAGAACAAUAUUCGAUUUGAACUUGCGAACAUCCUCUUUAAUCUGGUAGCACUCUACUCGCAGUUAGCCUUCUCAGUGAACCGUACAACGCCAGAUGGACUCAAACAGGCAUGCAACUACCUCUGCCAGGCCGCUGGAGUGUUAGCACAUCUCCGGACGGAUAUCCUUCCUGAUCUUCGUACCUCACCCCCGGAGGAUAUGGAUGAUAUGACAUUACAGAGCCUGGAACAGCUUCUGCUCGCGCAGGGACAGGAGUGCUUCUGGCAGAAGGCAGUCAAGGAUGGGCUGAAAGACGCUUCCAUUGCUCGGCUGGCGGCCAAGGUCUCCGAUUUCUACGUAGAAGGAGGUGACUAUGCGGUCCAAUCGAAUGCUAUUAGUCCUGAAUGGAUUCAUCAUAUGACAGCCAAGCAUCAUCAUUUUGCUGCUGCGGCGCAGUAUCGCCAGUCCUUGGACUGUUUGGAGAAGCGAAAGUAUGGUGAAGAGGUGGCUCGUCUUCGAGACAGCGAGGUUUGUGUCAACGAGGCCUUGAAGGAAUCGCGUUGGAUCAAUCGCACUGUGCUAGGGGACUUGCAGGGACUAAAGAACCGUGUGACGGAGGACUUAAAGCGCGCCGAGAAAGACAACGAUGUAAUCUAUCUCAACCCAGUUCCGCCAAAGUCGGAAUUGAAGAUCAUUGAUCGUGCAUGUAUGGUCGCAGCGAAGGCGCCAUCUCAGGUGACCGAUGCUAUCUCCAUGUUGGGAGACAAUGGACCUUUGGGGCAGCCGUUGUUUUCCAAGCUGGUGCCAUACGCCGUCCAUAUCGCCGCCAGUAUCUACUCUGACCGCCGUGAUCGGCUCGUCAACGAGACAAUUAUCGGGGAGCUGGAGACUAUGACGGAUAAACUACGGGAUCUAUUAUCGUCUCUGAAUCUUCCUGGCUCCUUGCAGGCUCUUGAAAAGCCUCUUGGAUUACCGCCUACGUUGGUCUCCCAUGCGGAAGAAAUGCGCCAGCAGGAUGGUUUGAACCGGUUGCGGAGAUCACUCGAGGAUACCGCUAGGGUGAAGGCCAAUGACAAAGCUGCAUACAAUGAGGGUGUUGAACUACUCGCCGCAGAGAAGGCCGAGGAUGACUCUUCGCGCCGCAAAUACGGAACCGACAGGUGGGCCAGAGAACCGUCCGAAGCAGCGGCACCGAAGCUGUACACCAGUUCUCGAGAGAUAGACGGCUACUUUUCCUCCGCUCAGAGUAGUGAUAAUUUGGUAGAGCAGAAGCUGAGAGACUCGGAGGCGGUCUUCCGAGUUUUGACCGGCACUAACCGGGAUUUGGAGAUGUACGUCCCUAGCAGCCGGAGGGCGGCAAUUCCGCCAGAGGUCGAGCGGGAAUCUAUUCGGCUACGGGGUUGCUUGAGCGAAGUAAGCCGGCUGGAGAACCGACGGAAACGUCGAGCACAAGCUUUGAAGGAUAAAGCCAGAUCGGACGACAUCAGCAAAGCCCUUCUCAAGGAAGCCGCCCGCUUGGAGCGGGAGUUCCCCAUGCAGGCGAUCCAGGCGAGCCAGUUCGAAGAUUUGUUCGAGGAGCAGCUGCAUCUGUACGAUACAGACCUGGAGAUGGUGACCCAGGAGCAGCACGAGCAAGACCAGAUUUCUGCACAGGUGCGGGAGGCUAACCGUGCAUUUACCCGGGCGCACACGGGCGAUGCUUCGACCAAGGAGCGCGAGAAGGCCUUGCAAGAGCUGGAGAAUGGCUAUCUAAAAUACAAGGAAAUCAUCUCAAACAUCGAGGUGGGACGGAAAUUCUACAAUGAUCUGGCCAAGAUUGUAGGUCGAUUCCGGGAUGACUGCAAAGCAUUUGUGCACCAGCGAAGGAUGGAGGCAAGCCAAAUAGAAGGGGAAAUCACCAGCGUUGCGGCGAUGGCCUCACUCAAUCUCUCCCAACCACAUUUACGCCAGUAUAGCCAACAACCAGCCCAACCGGCCCAGCCUGUCCAGCCUGCCCAGCCGGUGCAGCAGCCGACUCAACUUCCACCACAACCUCAACCGGUCCAGCACCAACCACCAAGGGAUGAGCCACUAACAGCACCCCAACCAACACGAGCCAACACAAGACCCUCGAUGGCCCCCGGCGUGUGGUCGCCCGAUAUGGGCAUUCGAUUCGGGGCACAGGGGACUUGGGAUCCGAGCAAGGGAGUGAAGUUUUCCUAG